GAGGGAGAGGGAGAGGGGGAGAGGGAGAGGGAGAGGGAGAGAGAAAGACCAAGCAGAAAGAGAACACAGAGAGGGCACACCCACUUUUUAGGUUGGGAUACAGUCUCAGGCUGGUGACGUAAUUAAGGACAUAAUCCUUACACUUGCAGGCAGCCAGACAGGUUAGAAAGUCUCUUUUCUCCAGCAGUCCUUACUGCUUAUAUCUGCUUGGGGAGGGGACUUUGUGAAUCUUGUAUGUUUUAGGAACUGAGACUUGUGAGUUGUAUACUUUUCUAAAUUGUAUUUUAUAUGUAUUAUUUUUUUUGCUUGCAAGUAUAUCUGUGUAUCAUGUGCAUGCCUGGUACCCUCAGAGGACAAAAAAUGGCAUCAUAUCCCUUGGAACUGGAGUCACAGAUAGUUGUAAACUAUCAAGUGGGUGGUAGAAAUUGAACCUGAGCCAAAGCUCUUAACCACUGUUAUCUCUCUAGCUCCCAUUGUUUACUUGGAGAAUCUUAAAGGUCCUUCCACUCAGGAUAGAAUGUUUCAAUUCAGAGAAAAUUGCUACAUAAUAACCAUUCCUACUGAAAGGACCAAGCAGAUGCCAUAACAAGCUGUCAGUCUUCUCUCAGAGAUCAGGCCUCAAUUUCAGUUUCCUAAGACUUGAGCAAGCCGUUCUGGGAGGGCCAUGAACAAAAGACAUAGUCCUUGUAGUAACUCUCUUUCUGCACGUACUCUGACUGCUCAAGGUUCUGCCAGUUGUUUACUGUCUGGGACUCCUUACCAAGUUAGAGCUACAUGCGUUGGUCAAUGAGAACCUUGUGAACGUGCAAGGCCAGCCAGCCUCCAAGGCAGCUCAAGGACAAAGCCUGGGACUUGUCCAGGCCUGCCCCAAAAUAAUAACUGUAACCUCCAACCAGUAAGUUCAAAGGUUACACACCCUCACCCAAUCAUAUGACGCAAAGGCUUGUACCACCCUGCUUGCGAUUUUUCCCUUAAAGAACCCUCACCCUGAGAACUCAGGGCCAUCCUCCUCCACCCGCUGUGAUGAGUGUUGGACACGGACCAAGCCCGGGCUUGCUUGUUAUCAAUAAACCCCUUUGUGUUUUGCAUCGCAUAUCGGCUCUAUGGUAGUCUUGCUCAGGGGUCUCGUUUCUUGGCCACAACAUUACCAUCAACUUUCAACAGCAUAUAAAUUCUUAGGGAGGGGUCCAGACUCAUGAAGCCUUUCCAUCCUCCAUGGUAGGAGUUGAAGGACCCAAUUUUGGCCAGAUCUGCAGUUGUUAUGAGUUCAAGAAUGCCACCAGGAGGCUAGGGGGAUGGGUCAGGGAUAACAGCAUUCUCUGCUUUUGAAGAGGAUCUGGGUUGGGGUUUCCAGAACCCACCUGGCCGCUCACAACUGUCUGCUCCAGUUCCAGAGGAUCCGUCGCCCUCUUCUGGCUUUCCGGAGCACUGCACACAGGAGUUGCUCUAUGGUAGUCACAGUAUCGAUGCUGUAGGGGACACACCACCUUGUGUGUGGGAGGUAGCCCACUGAUGGCACUAGGAUUUUCAUUUAAUAACCCAUGGCUUCUGGGAAUCGUUUCCUACAUCCAUACAGUUACUUGUUUUAUUUUGUUCUUUAAUUUUUAAAAUUUCUGUUAAAGCUUUAUGUGUGAGGGUUUUGCCUGCAUGUAUGCAGGCCCACCACGUGUGUGCCCCGAAACCGGAGUUACGGAUGUGUGAGCCUCCGUGUAGAUUGUAGGUGCUGGGAAUCCACCCCAGGUACUCUGUAAGAGCAGCAAACGCUCUUAAUUGCUGAGCCCUCUCUUCACACACACACACCCUAGACAGGAUCGCUCUCUAUGUAGCCCUGGCUGGUCUUGAACUCACAGAGAUCCUCCUGCCUCUCAAGUGCUGGGAUUAAAGGCGUGCGCCGCCACGCCCGGCUUCUUCAACUUUUAUUUUAGAUUCAAUCUUGUCAUGUAGCGCUGGUUGGAUUGGUAUUAUAUAUAUAGUCCACUCCUACAUCAAACUCCCGCCAGCUCUCCGGGCUCAGCCUCCGGGGUGCUCCACACUGGGUGUCCCCCGUGCUGGGUUAGCUCUCACUGAGCCACAGCCCAUCAGAAGAGUUCCCCGCCAUCGGUGGAUCUGAACAAACGGUUUCGGCCCAAGAGCGGCUAAACCACACAUAGCUUGAAGAACCGACCGGUCCCAGAGCUCGCACUCCAGGAGCGGACUCCAGAGUCCUAGACGUGGUGCUCUCGCGAGAGUUGACGCCAAGCAAUCAUGUGACGAUCCAAGAUGGCGAUGCCCAGGGAGGCGGACGAAGAGUCGCCGGUGUACCUAGUGGUGAGUGGUAUCCCCCCUAGGUUACGCUCGGCCCAGCUACGGAACUACUUUAGCCAGUUCCGGGAACAGCGCGGCGGAGGCUUCCUGUGUUUCCACUACCGACAUCGGCCGGAGAGGGGUCCUCCGCAGGCGGCGGCUCCCGACGCGGCCCGAGCUGCCCCCGACCCUGCUGCUGAGCAUCCGCUUCUCGCCCGGAACACAGACCCCGAUGCCCGCGCCGUCCCCUCCCGGGACUCUGCUCCCGUGCCGACCCGCACCUGCUGCUGCAUCGUCUCGGUGCGGGGAGUGGCCCAAGCUCAGCGGCUGCUUCGCAUGUACUCGGGUCGCCGGUGGCUGGACUCUCAGGGGACCUGGCUCCCCGGUCGUUGUCUCAUCCGCAGGCUUAGGCUACCCACUGAGGCUUCAGAUCUAGGGCCCUUUCCCUUUAAGACCCGGAAGGAGCUCCAGAGUCGAAAGGCAGACAAUGAAGCUUUUACCCUGGCUGACCUGAGGCAGCUACCUGAGCUGAAUCCACCGGUGCUGAUGCCCAAUGGGAAUGUGGGCACGCCCCUGAGGGUCUUUUUGGACUUGAUCCGGGCCUGCCGGCUUCCACCUCGAAUCAUCACCCAGCUGCAGCUCCAGUUUCCCAAGACAGGCUCCUCCCGGCGCUAUGGCAAUGUGCCCUUCGAGUACGAGGACUCCGAGACUGUGGAGCAGGAAGAACAGGUGUACACUGCCGAGGGGGAGGAGAUCCCCCAGGGAACCUGCUUGGAAGAGCCACCAGCCAGCCUCUUGGAUGAGCCUGAGGAUGAAGAGCAGCGAGAAGAGUUGUCUCACUCCGAUGAUGAUGAUGACCGGUGUGAGGAGUGGGAGCGUCAUGAAGCCCUGCAUGAGGACGUGACCGGGCAGGAGCGGACUACCGAGCGGCUCUUCGAGGAGGAGAUUGAGCUCAAGUGGGAGAAGGGCGGCUCUGGCCUGGUGUUCUACACCGACGCUCAGUUCUGGCAGGAGGAGGAAGGGGGUAAGGGCGGGGCUGGCCUGGUGUUCUACACCGACGCUCAGUUCUGGCAGGAGGAGGAAGGGGAUUUUGACGAGCAGACGGCCGAUGACUGGGACGUGGACAUGAGUGUCUACUACGACAAAGAUGGUGGAGACAAAGAUGCCCGUGACUCUAUCCAAAUGCGCUUGGAACAGAGACUCCGUGAUGGCCAGGAAGAUGGAUCUGUGAUAGGACGCCAUGUGGGCACCUUUGAGCGCCACACCAAGGGCAUUGGCCGGAAGGUGAUGGAGCGUCAGGGCUGGGCUGAAGGCCAGGGCCUGGGUAGUAGGUGCUCCGGGGUGCCUGAGGCCCUGGAUAGUGAUGGCCAGCACCCCAGAUGCAAACGUGGAUUGGGGUACCAUGGAGAGAAACUACAGCCAUUUGGGCAACUGAAGAGGCCCCGAGGAACUGGCUUGGGACUCAUUUCCACAAUCUAUGAUGAGCCUCUUCCCCAAGACAGGACGGAGUCCUUGCUCCGACGCCAGCCACCCACCAGCAUGAAGUUUCGGACAGAUGUGACUUUUGUGAGGGGUUCCAGCUGUGCCUUGGACAGGUCCUCGGAGCCUGAGUGAAGCUACGUCCUUGGUCAGGGUCACUCAGCUCCAGGAGAACAGCCUGGGUCUUGCCUUGGGAUCCACCUCUGAAGCAGCCAAGAGCCUAGGAGUUCGCACAGCAGGCUCAUGUACUCAGACCUGAUGAGCAUGCCUGCCGCUUCUCUACCUCAAAGAUGAUUUCACAAAAAUCCCUCCUUCUGGGGUGGUCUCCGAACCCUAGUCCUUGUUUGGGCUCACCUCAGAGAUCUGGACUGCCUGUGGCACAUUCAAGUCGGUUUUGCGGGGGUUUGAAGGAGGGCGUCACGGGACCAGAAAAAGAAAAGGGACCAGAGAAGAACUGGUCCAGAGGGUCGGGCGGUCCCUCACCACCUCCACCCUUUGGCUGGGGGCGGGUCUGCGCGAGAAUAAACGAGUUUAGGGCUGGA